CCUCCGCUCCUCCGCCGCCGCCGCCGCCAUGCACCGCCGCCUCCACCAGCCCCACCUCCCGCCCUCCGACUCCCCGUCCUCCGCCGCCGCCGCCCCCUCGCCCUCCUCCUCCUCCGACGACGCCAAGCGCGGCAAGAAGCGGGGCAGCUACAACUGCGGCCGCUGCGGCCUCCCCAAGAAGGGCCACUCCUGCGACUCCUCCUCCACCGCCGCCGCCGCCGCAGCCGCGUCGUCCACGCCGGUCAGCGCCUCUGCUGCGGCCGCCUCCUCUACGGCGGCGUCCGCGUCCGCCCUCGUCCGGCCCUCGUUCUCCUCCUCCUCCUCCGCCGCCCGGCCUCCCCAGCCGCCGCCCUUCCUCCCGCGGCACCCGAUCUCCCACCUCCGCCGCGCGCUCUCCUUCGACGACCUCGACGUCCGCGCCGACGAGGGGGAGGACUUCGACGAGGUCGAGCCGGAUCUCGACGAGCGGGAUCAGGAUUUGGUGGACGGGGAUGCGGACGCCGGCGGGUUGCCUGUGAGGUGCUUGUGGGAGGUCAUGAGGAGGCUGCCGCCGGCGGAGCUGCUCGCGGCUGCGAAGGUGUGCAAGGGGUGGCGGGACACCUCGAGGAGGGUGUGGAGGGCUGCCGAGGAUCUGAAGCUCAGGGUUCCCGCGAGAGCUCAGCUCUGUUUCGUCGGAUCGGUGUUGAACAAGUGCCCUGAGCUCGUUAGGCUGUCUCUGAGGAUGGAAAGUGAUGUAGAUGCGACGAUGCUGGCUUGCAUUGCCUUCUCAUGCCCUAAUUUGGAGUCUAUGGAGAUCUCAACAUCCUCUAAUGCUGUCAACCGGAUCACAGGAGAUGAAUUGGGUCGUUUUGUUGCUGACAAACGAUGCCUAACCAGUCUAAAAAUGGAAGGUUGCUCUAACCUUGGGGGUUUGGUUCUCAGCUCAUCGAGUCUUUCUACGCUCUGGCUUGCUGAUCUUUACUCCCUCUCAAAAAUGGUUUUAAACUGCCCCAACUUAAGAGAAAUCUCCUUGGAAUUCUCUCGCAAUGGAAAUGAUUGUACAGAUUUGAUUGCCAUGGUUGAUGGUCUGGGAAGGAGUUGUCCAUGGUUACAAAAUAUUCACAUUGCAUCACUUCGGCUUUCCCAUGCUGUCGUACUAGCUCUUACGGCUUCAGAUUUAAGGGGUUUGCGGAUGCUCUCACUUGUGCUUGGAUCAGAAAUCACUGAUGCCUCGGUUGCUGCUAUUACUUCAAGCUUUUCGGAUUUAGAAUUGCUUGAUCUCAGUGGGUCAAGCAUUAGUGACAGUGGCAUUGGGAUGAUAUGCAAUGAGUUUCCUGAAACAUUAUCAAGACUCCUGCUUGCCCUUUGUCCUAACAUCACUUCAAGUGGAAUUCAGUUUGCCACAGCUCAGCUGCCUCUUCUUGAACUUAUGGACUGUGGAAUGACCAUAUGUGAUGCUAAUGACGAAAGCCUCAUCUCUGAUGAAGCCAUCAACCAGGGGAUGGAGAAAAGGCCCAAGAGCAAUCUUCACCUCAUACACCAGAAGCUUAUUAUUAAGCACAGCAAAUUGAAAAAACUCAGCUUGUGGGGUUGUAGUGGCUUAGAUGCCCUGUAUUUGAACUGCCCAGAGUUGAAUGACCUGAAUCUCAACGCCUGUAAAAAUUUGCUCCCUGAUCGAUUGUUAAUUCAGUGCCCCAGUUUAGAGAAUGUAUAUGCAUCAGGUUGUGAAGAAUUGUUAAUAGAGGUUAUUCAAAACCAGGUCAACAAUGAUUCUAUUCCUGUGGAAAACCAUUUGCCCUUUAAACGUCUGGCUGAUGGUUCCAAGAGAAUUCGGGUUCCUCAUUUUCUGUGCCAACAGCAAUUUGAUGUGGAUAAGAAGCAGAGGAGUAGGAGGCGGCCGUGUAAUGUGCUUGUAGAAUGAUGAUACAUAUGGAUAGUUUUGACAACUGACAUGGUGAUAGCUUCACUUGUUGUCAUUUUACUGCCGAGUCAAGGCCCUCUAGACCGACUUCUUGUGGGUUCCCAACAUUAUUGCCAGUUGCUGAUGCCUUGUAGAAUUCUUUUAGGCAUCAUGUGGCCCGCUGAUCACUGUACUAGAAAACAUUCUGGAGCUUGGCUUCAGCAGCAUAACUUCACCAUUCUAAAAUAAAGUUACUACCUUAUGUAAUUUCUGUGCAAACAGUCUUUGUAUCAGGAGUUUCAUGGAAAGACAGUACUUUACUGAGAAUUUAUAUUGGAGGAUAAACUGGUGCUGCUAAUAUUCAUGUAAUUGACAUCAGAGGUUAAAAGGAACUCGGCAAGGCUGAGUUUGUGGUAGA